AUGAAAGUGGAUGAAGCGAGAGAGGAGUGGCUAGAAUCUCAGGGCAUCGAGUUAUCUAAAGAAGAGAGUCUGCCCGAUGACCCGUAUAAGAAGAAGGAGAGAUGGAAGUCGGUGGCGCCACCGCAGCGUGCGCAGGCGCAUAAUGAUGCUUUGCGAAGGUUUUUGGAGUACGAAGGGAAAGUGCUUGCGUUCAAUGUGGCGUGGGACAAUAGAGAUUCUGCAUUCGGGGAACUGGUAGAAUAUAAAAUGAUGUAUUUUUUGCAAGACGACACCAUUGCGAUUAAGGAACUUCACGACGAAAGAGGUGGAAAGGAUCCGUUUCCUCUACUCUUGAAGAAGAGGAAAGUACCGAAGAAGUGGAAAGAAAGGCCAGUGUCGUUUCCGUCCAUCGCGAUGGAGAUAACAGAUGAGGAAGUGACUGAGUACUAUUCACCAAGGGAUCUGAUUGUCGGCGAAACUGUCUUCAUUCUGGGACGACGUUUCUUGAUAUUUGACUGUGACAAAUUCACUAGACAUUACUACAAAUCAAUGCUGAAUAUUGAUCAGCCGCAGAGGAUUCAAGUAUUCCAUGAAACGAAGAAGGAAUUCCCAAAGAGUCUUCCGCCCCACAUUGGUAUCGGUACUCCCGAGGAUACACUGCAAUCAUGCUUCGGACUGAUGCCGAAGCCACCACAUAAAGAUGUCAUCAAGUACAAUCUUAAUGCUAAUAAGUACCUCCGCUAUCUCUGUGAACUGGACUGGAUACAUCCGGAGGAUAAAGGUCGUCAGUUCGUGUUUGCAUAUAGCCUCGCCGACGGGACAAUAAAAAUUGGCGAAAUUCCACGGAGAAAUUCCGGGAUUCGUGAAGGGAAAUUCCUUAAGGCUAUGCUUUUGCAAACCCCGGAGUCCGAUCCCAAUUUCCCGACGUAUUAUACGCCGGAUAGGUUUUUUAUUGGAGCAAUUGUACCAGUGUUCAAACAUCGUUUCAAGAUUAUCGGAUGCGAUUUGUUCGUGUAUCGAUACAUGAGUGCGAACCCGGAUAAAUUCCCGCAGGAGGUGAUUGAUAAUGUUCGUAACUAUCACAUGAGUGAGGGCAACCUUAAGGAUGAACUGCAGGAGGCAAUACGUGACGAACAAGCUGCAGAGGUACGCGCUCAAUUGGCAAAGAUUGGUCAAGCGGCUGUCGCCGAGCCAAGCGCGAUGGAGCGUUGUCUAACCGCCCUAGACGUUGUAGAGGGGAGCGCUACGCCGCCCAGGCCGCCUACGCCGCCCAAAACUACGGAUCGUAUAGCAUAUGAUGACGCAUUACGCGUGCAAAGAAUGAGCAACCCAACAUGUGACAAUGUACUACCACUGAAAGGAAUCUUAAAGUCUGGAAUGGCUCGAGAAGAUCAGCAGAAGGUGGUAUGCUUCAGUGGACCAGCACCUGAUGAACAUCGGGAGAAAGCUGCUAGAACUACUUACCCACCGGGGCAGCAGCCUCACUUUACUGAUGAUGAAGACUUUUGCGAGAGAUACAAGGAUGCGGACGCUGAAGAAAGAGCAGCGAGACGCGAACAUAACAUAUGCCCGUAUGAAGUAAUUCCGAAUAAACAGAGCCAGGAGGCGACAGGUGAAGAGGUUAUACCCAAACCGCAGUUGCCUGGAUACCUUGGCACUUAUGGAGUUGAUUGCAAAGAGGUGCCUGAUUACAUGCGUUUGUCCCCCGACGCGUUUGAGAAAGUCAAGAAACUACGUCGCGAUAUUCCCGAAAUAUCACCCGCGGCUGCGAGGGUGGCGGAACACCCUCGGGAGCCGCCGCCCCCUGUGGAGGCCUGUCUCACGGCACCAGCGCCAAUCAACCCGUGUGCCAAGAAGAAGGAAGACGUGGCGUUCGCUUGUCCCCACGUUAAAGCUGUCAUGCCGUGCUGCGAUCCUGAUAAACGUGGACCGGUUUAA